UUCCUCUCUUUCCUAGAGUACGUAUUACGCGUAUCUCUUAAGAUAUACGAGAGUAUUUUGCGAUAUUCUCGUGGAAACGGACAUCUACACUACCUAGUAGGUAAAUUAUGCUCGGAACCAUUACAACAUACCUUCGACAAUCUGCAAUAAAGGUCGAACUGGCGCUGGCGCUGGCGGUAGCAGCGGCCGAUUCGAUAGGUAGUUUAUGCUAUUAAAAUAAUAUAUGCCAAUUUGUUCUGACAAAUAUGCUGCCAAAUUACUCAGUAUUACUACUGCGAUUGCCGAAUCGAUUUUAUUUGCACAGAUGUAUCCGUACGUAAAAUUUCGCGUUAGUUCGUGGUACCUGAAAUGCGGAACAUAGCGAAAGUGAUUAAUUUUUUACGCAGGUUCGCGGUAAUUUCGAUAUUUUCGUUAGUUCAACAGCAAUGUGCGAUUGGAAUUAUUGAAAGUGGGUUAAGUUUGGUUGAAGACGGUUGGCAACUUCUACGUAAAGGACUCGAAUUUUGGAACGAGGAUCCGGUGCAUUUUGCCCAUCGUGUGUAUGGAGAUACGUUUGAUUUCAUUAAACGUGAAGGAUAUCCCGUCGAGGUGCACAAUGUUACCACUCCCGAUGGAUUCAGAUUGGUCAUGUUCCGUAUACCUUAUGGCAAAAAGUCGAAGAACUUAGAGUACAGGCCACCAGUACUCGUGGUACAUGGCAUCUUGUGCAGUUCCACAGAUUGGGUGAUCGCAGGCGCCAACAACAGCUUGGGUUUCCUAUUGGCAGACGGCGGAUACGAUGUUUGGCUGGGUAACGUUCGCGGAAAUACGUACUCUAGAAAGCAUAAUAAAUUCGACGAAUUUAGAAAUAGAAAAGAAUAUUGGGAUUUUUGUUGGCACGAGAUGGGAAUAUACGAUAUGCCGACCACUAUCGAUUAUAUUUUGGCUCAGACAGGCCAUAGUCAAUUGUAUUAUAUUGCCCAUUCGAUGGGUACUACCAUAUUUUAUGUGAUGUGUUCGGAACGACCUCAGUAUAAUAAGAAAGUGAAAGCGAUGAUAAGUUUCGCACCGAUUGCCUACAUGAAUCAUGUCAGGAGUAGGUUUAUGCGAUUUUUAUCCACUAUUUCUGAUCCACUUGCGUGGCUGUGUAACUCGAUGGGGUUCUAUGAAUUCCGCCCUGGUGGUAAAUUUUUACUUUAUGCUGGUCAAAUGGUAUGCAAGAGGAACGUUGUGACUCAGAAUAUCUGCAACAAUGUGUUAUUCUUGAUCGCUGGAUACGACACAAGUCAGCUGAACAAAACGUCGUUACCUAUGAUAUUAGCGCAUUCGCCUGCUGGCGCAUCUUCCAAGCAAUUAACACAUUACGCUCAGCUCAUAAGAAAAGAACGUUGGUUUGGCCAGUAUGAUUAUGGCACCGCUGGUAAUUUAAUGAAGUACGGUUCAAUUAACCCACCGAAAUAUGAUCUCAGUAAAAUCAAAGUACCUAUAUCGUUAAUGUACAGCGCAGAUGAUUGGUUAUCAUCUAAAGAGGAUGUUCAAAUGUUAGUUCAAGAUUUACCAAAUGUUUACGAAAUUUUCAGAGUUCCUGUUCAACCAUUUAACCAUUUAGACUUCAUAUGGGCAGUAGAUGCUAAAGUUUUAGUAUACGACGAAACACUAAGAAUAUUAGAUCAUUUCAGUAAAAAACAUUAACUUAUUUAUUUGUUGAAAAUACCUAUUAAAAAAUGCAUUUCGUUGUCGUUUUUAA